AUGGUUGAUGUAACACCGAGCAGUACCAGGAAAACAACAUCAACCACAUCUCUCUCUACAACUUCAAAAACCACUGCAUCAACAGAGUCCAUCCCAACGCCCUCACCAAAAACCACUCGAAUAAGAACUACGACAACGACUGUGCCUUCCACCAAGUCUACCGAAACCAGUACAACCGCCACACCAAGUACACCCACAACCCUCACUCUCACCACGACUACCUUGUCCACUAGCUCACCAGAGAGCACAACAUCAAAGUCAACCCCUCCCAUUUCCACUACCUUAACCACGCCCACCACAACCACCACACCAACUACACUCACAAGCGUCACUCUGACAACGACGGCCCCGACCAGUACUUCACCGGAGAGCACCGCAUCUGAGUCCACAACCCUAAGCACCGUGAAAACAACUACGCUGACGACAGUUUCUCCAACGACUACGUCAACUAAGUCCACAACGGGGCCAACACCAACAGGAAAAGAGCCAACUAAACCUAGUACUCCAUCCUCAUCUGUAACACCGAGCAGUACCAGGAAAACAACACCAACCACAUCUCUCUCUACAACUUCAAAAACCACUGCAUCAACAGAGUCCAUCCCAACGCCCUCACCAAAAACCACUCGAAUAAGAACUACGACAACGACUGUGCCUUCCACCAAGUCUACCGAAACCAGUACAACCGCCACACCAACUACACCCACAACCCUCACUCUCACCACGACUAUCUUGUCCACUAGCUCACCAGAGAGCACAACAUCAAAGUCAACCCCUACCAUUUCCACUACCUUUACCACGCCCACCACAACCACCACACCAACUACACUCACAAGCGUCACUCUGACAACGACGGCCCCGACCAGUACUUCACCGGAGAGCACCGCAUCUGAGUCCACCACCCUAAGCACCGUGAAAACAACUACGCUGACGACAGUUUCUCCAACGACUACGUCAACUAAGUCCACAACGGGGUCAACACCAACAGUAACACCGAGCAGUACCAGGAAAACAACAUCAACCACAUCUCUCUCUACAACUUCAAAAACCACUGCAUCAACAGAGUCCAUCCCAACGCCCUCACCAAAAACCACUCGAAUAAGAACUACGACAACGACUGUGCCUUCCACCAAGUCUACCGAAACCAGUACAACCGCCAGACCAACUACACCCACAACCCUCACUCUCACCACAACUGCCUUGUCCACUAGCUCACCAGAGAGCACAACAUCAAAGUCAACCCCUACCAUAUCCACUACCUUCACCACGCCCACCACAACCACCACACCAACUACACUCACAAGCGUCACUCUGACAACGACGGCCCCGACCAGUACUUCACCGGAGAGCACCGCAUCUGAGUCCACCACCCUAAGCACCGUGAAAACAACUAUGCUGACGACAGUUUCUCCAACGACUACGUCAACUAAGUCCACAACGGGGCCAACACCAACAGGAAAAGAGCCAACUAAACCUAGUACUCCAUCCUCAUCUGUAACACCGAGCAGUACCAGGAAAACAACACCAACCACAUCUCUCUCUACAACUUCAAAAACCACUGCAUCAACAGAGUCCAUCCCAACGCCCUCACCAAAAACCACUCGAAUAAGAACUACGACAACGACUGUGCCUUCCACCAAGUCUACCGAAACCAGUACAACCGCCACACCAACUACACCCACAACCCUCACUCUCACCACGACUACCUUGUCCACUAGCUCACCAGAGAGCACAACAUCAAAGUCAACCCCUACCAUUUCCACUACCUUUACCACGCCCACCACAACCACCACACCAACUACACUCACAAGCGUCACUCUGACAACGACGGCCCCGACCAGUACUUCACCGGAGAGCACCGCAUCUGAGUCCACCACCCUAAGCACCGUGAAAACAACUACGCUGACGACAGUUUCUCCAACGACUACGUCAACUAAGUCCACAACGGGGUCAACACCAACAGUAACACCGAGCAGUACCAGGAAAACAACAUCAACCACAUCUCUCUCUACAACUUCAAAAACCACUGCAUCAACAGAGUCCAUCCCAACGCCCUCACCAAAAACCACUCGAAUAAGAACUACGACAACGACUGUGCCUUCCACCAAGUCUACCGAAACCAGUACAACCGCCACACCAAGUACACCCACAACCCUCACUCUCACCACGACUACCUUGUCCACUAGCUCACCAGAGAGCACAACAUCAAAGUCAACCCCUCCCAUUUCCACUACCUUAACCACGCCCACCACAACCACCACACCAACUACACUCACAAGCGUCACUCUGACAACGACGGCCCCGACCAGUACUUCACCGGAGAGAACCCCAUCUGAGUCCACAACCCUAAGCACCGUGAAAACAACUACGCUGACGACAGUUUCUCCAACGACUACGUCAACUAAGUCCACAACGGGGCCAACACCAACAGGAAAAGAGCCAACUAAACCUAGUACUCCAUCCUCAUCUGUAACACCGAGCAGUACCAGGAAAACAACACCAACCACAUCUCUCUCUACAACUUCAAAAACCACUGCAUCAACAGAGUCCAUCCCAACGCCCUCACCAAAAACCACUCGAAUAAGAACUACGACAACGACUGUGCCUUCCACCAAGUCUACCGAAACCAGUACAACCGCCACACCAACUACACCCACAACCCUCACUCUCACCACGACUACCUUGUCCACUAGCUCACCAGAGAGCACAACAUCAAAGUCAACCCCUACCAUUUCCACUACCUUUACCACGCCCACCACAACCACCACACCAACUACACUCACAAGCGUCACUCUGACAACGACGGCCCCGACCAGUACUUCACCGGAGAGCACCGCAUCUGAGUCCACCACCCUAAGCACCGUGAAAACAACUACGCUGACGACAGUUUCUCCAACGACUACGUCAACUAAGUCCACAACGGGGUCAACACCAACAGUAACACCGAGCAGUACCAGGAAAACAACAUCAACCACAUCUCUCUCUACAACUUCAAAAACCACUGCAUCAACAGAGUCCAUCCCAACGCCCUCACCAAAAACCACUCGAAUAAGAACUACGACAACGACUGUGCCUUCCACCAAGUCUACCGAAACCAGUACAACCGCCACACCAAGUACACCCACAACCCUCACUCUCACCACGACUACCUUGUCCACUAGCUCACCAGAGAGCACAACAUCAAAGUCAACCCCUCCCAUUUCCACUACCUUAACCACGCCCACCACAACCACCACACCAACUACACUCACAAGCGUCACUCUGACAACGACGGCCCCGACCAGUACUUCACCGGAGAGAACCCCAUCUGAGUCCACAACCCUAAGCACCGUGAAAACAACUACGCUGACGACAGUUUCUCCAACGACUACGUCAACUAAGUCCACAACGGGGCCAACACCAACAGGAAAAGAGCCAACUAAACCUAGUACUCCAUCCUCAUCUGUAACACCGAGCAGUACCAGGAAAACAACACCAACCACAUCUCUCUCUACAACUUCAAAAACCACUGCAUCAACAGAGUCCAUCCCAACGCCCUCACCAAAAACCACUCGAAUAAGAACUACGACAACGACUGUGCCUUCCACCAAGUCUACCGAAACCAGUACAACCGCCACACCAACUACACCCACAACCCUCACUCUCACCACGACUACCUUGUCCACUAGCUCACCAGAGAGCACAACAUCAAAGUCAACCCCUACCAUUUCCACUACCUUUACCACGCCCACCACAACCACCACACCAACUACACUCACAAGCGUCACUCUGACAACGACGGCCCCGACCAGUACUUCACCGGAGAGCACCGCAUCUGAGUCCACCACCCUAAGCACCGUGAAAACAACUACGCUGACGACAGUUUCUCCAACGACUACGUCAACUAAGUCCACAACGGGGUCAACACCAACAGGUAUAACACCGAGCAGUACCAGGAAAACAACAUCAACCACAUCUCUCUCUACAACUUCAAAAACCACUGCAUCAACAGAGUCCAUCCCAACGCCCUCACCAAAAACCACUCGAAUAAGAACUACGACAACGACUGUGCCUUCCACCAAGUCUACCGAAACCAGUACAACCGCCACACCAAGUACACCCACAACCCUCACUCUCACCACGUCUACCUUGUCCACUAGCUCACCAGAGAGCACAACAUCAAAGUCAACCCCUCCCAUUUCCACUACCUUAACCACGCCCACCACAACCACCACACCAACUACACUCACAAGCGUCACUCUGACAACGACGGCCCCGACCAGUACUUCACCGGAGAGAACCCCAUCUGAGUCCACAACCCUAAGCACCGUGAAAACAACUACGCUGACGACAGUUUCUCCAACGACUACGUCAACUAAGUCCACAACGGGGCCAACACCAACAGGAAAAGAGCCAACUAAACCUAGUACUCCAUCCUCAUCUGUAACACCGAGCAGUACCAGGAAAACAACACCAACCACAUCUCUCUCUACAACUUCAAAAACCACUGCAUCAACAGAGUCCAUCCCAACGCCCUCACCAAAAACCACUCGAAUAAGAACUACGACAACGACUGUGCCUUCCACCAAGUCUACCGAAACCAGUACAACCGCCACACCAACUACACCCACAACCCUCACUCUCACCACGACUACCUUGUCCACUAGCUCACCAGAGAGCACAACAUCAAAGUCAACCCCUACCAUUUCCACUACCUUUACCACGCCCACCACAACCACCACACCAACUACACUCACAAGCGUCACUCUGACAACGACGGCCCCGACCAGUACUUCACCGGAGAGCACCGCAUCUGAGUCCACCACCCUAAGCACCGUGAAAACAACUACGCUGACGACAGUUUCUCCAACGACUACGUCAACUAAGUCCACAACGGGGUCAACACCAACAGUAACACCGAGCAGUACCAGGAAAACAACAUCAACCACAUCUCUCUCUACAACUUCAAAAACCACUGCAUCAACAGAGUCCAUCCCAACGCCCUCACCAAAAACCACUCGAAUAAGAACUACGACAAUGACUGUGCCUUCCACCAAGUCUACCGAAACCAGUACAACCGCCACACCAACUACACCCACAACCCUCACUCUCACCACAACUGCCUUGUCCACUAGCUCACCAGAGAGCACAACAUCAAAGUCAACCCCUACCAUAUCCACUACCUUCACCACGCCCACCACAACCACCACACCAACUACACUCACAAGCGUCACUCUGACAACGACGGCCCCGACCAGUACUUCACCGGAGAGCACCGCAUCUGAGUCCAGCACCCUAAGCACCGUGAAAACAACUACGCUGAUGACAGUUUCUCCAACGACUACGUCAACUAAGUCCACAACAGAGUCAACACCAACAGUAACACCGAGCAGUACCAGGAAAACAACAUCAACCACAUCUCUCUCUACAACUUCAAAAACCACUGCAUCAACAGAGUUCAUCCCAACGCCCUCACCAAAAACCACUCGAAUAAGAACUACGACAACGACUGUGCCUUCCACCAAGUCUACCGAAACCAGUACAACCGCCACACCAAGUACACCCACAACCCUCACUCUCACCACGACUACCUUGUCCACUAGCUCACCACAGAGCACAACAUCAAAGUCAACCCCUCCCAUUUCCACUACCUUCACCACGCCCACCACAACCACCACACCAACUACACUCACAAGCGUCACCCUGACAACGACGGCCCCGACCAGUACUUCACCGGAGAGCACCGCAUCUGAGUCCACCACCCUAAGCACCGUGAAAACAACUACGCUGGCGACAGUUUCUCCAACGACUACGUCAACUAAGUCCACAACGGGGCCAACACCAACAGGAAAAGAGCCAACUAAACCUAGUACUCCAUCCUCAUCUGUAACACCGAGCAGUACCAGGAAAACAACACCAACCACAUCUCUCUCUACAACUUCAAAAACCACUGCAUCAACAGAGUCCAUCCCAACGCCCUCACCAAAAACCACUCGAAUAAGAACUACGACAACGACUGUGCCUUCCACCAAGUCUACCGAAACCAGUACAACCGCCACACCAAGUACACCCACAACCCUCACUCUCACCACGACUACCUUGUCCACUAGCUCACCAGAGAGCACAACAUCAAAGUCAACCCCUACCAUUUCCACUACCUUUACCACGCCCACCACAACCACCACACCAACUACACUCACAAGCGUCACUCUGACAACGACGGCCCCGACCAGUACUUCACUGGAGAGCACCGCAUCUGAGUCCACCACCCUAAGCACCGUGAAAACAACUACGCUGACGACAGUUUCUCCAACGACUACGUCAACUAAGUCCACAACGGGGUCAACACCAACAGUAACACCGAGCAGUACCAGGAAAACAACAUCAACCACAUCUCUCUCUACAACUUCAAAAACCACUGCAUCAACAGAGUCCAUCCCAACGCCCUCACCAAAAACCACUCGAAUAAGAACUACGACAACGACUGUGCCUUCCACCAAGUCUACCGAAACCAGUACAACCGCCACACCAAGUACACCCACAACCCUCAUUCUCACCACGACUACCUUGUCCACUAGCUCACCAGAGAGCACAACAUCAAAGUCAACCCCUACCAUUUCCACUACCUUUACCACGCCCACCACAACCACCACACCAACUACACUCACAAGCGUCACUCUGACAACGACGGCCCCGACCAGUACUUCACCGGAGAGCACCGCAUCUGAGUCCACCACCCUAAGCACCGUGAAAACAACUACGCUGACGACAGUUUCUCCAACGACUACGUCAACUAAGUCCACAACGGGGUCAACACCAACAGUAACACCGAGCAGUACCAGGAAAACAACAUCAACCACAUCUCUCUCUACAACUUCAAAAACCACUGCAUCAACAGAGUCCAUCCCAACGCCCUCACCAAAAACCACUCGAAUAAGAACUACGACAACGACUGUGCCUUCCACCAAGUCUACCGAAACCAGUACAACCGCCACACCAACUACACCCACAACCCUCACUCUCACCACGACUACCUUGUCCACUAGCUCACCACAGAGCACAACAUCAAAGUCAACCCCUACCAUUUCCACUACCUUUACCACGCCCACCACAACCACCACACCAACUACACUCACAAGCGUCACUCUGACAACGACGGCCCCGACCAGUACUUCACCGGAGAGCACCGCAUCUGAGUCCACAACCCUAAGCACCGUGAAAACAACUACGCUGACGACAGUUUCUCCAACGACUACGUCAACUAAGUCCACAACGGGGCCAACACCAACAGGAAAAGAGCCAACUAAACCUAGUACUCCAUCCUCAUCUGUAACUAAGACCGUGGAAACCACAACACCGAGAAGUACCAGCAAAACAACACCAACCACAUCUGUCUCUACCACAUCCAAAACCUCUGUAUCAGCAGAGUCCAGGCCAACCUUCUCACCAAUAAUAAGUCUAAGAAGCACCUCCUCACCAGGAACCGCUCCAGUAAGAAUUGUGACAACGACUAUGCCUUCCACCAAGUCUACCGAAACCAGUACAACCUCCACACCAGCUACACCCACAACCCUAACUCUCACCACGACUGCCUUGUCCACUAGCUCACCAGAGAGCAUAACAUCAAAGUCAACCCCUACCAUUUCCACUACCUUUACCACUCCCACCACAAGCACCACACCAACUACACUCACAAGCGUCACUCUGACGACGACGGCCCCGACCAGUACUUCACCGGAGCGCACCGCCUCUGAGUCCACCACCCUAAGCACAGUGAAAACAACUACGCUGACGACAGUUUCUCCAACAACUACAUCAACUAAGUCCACAACGUUGUCAACACCAACAGUAACAAAGGCCAUACGAACCACACCACCACAAAGAACUACCCCCAGAAGUACGACGAAAACAUCACCAACCACAUCAGUCUCCACAACAUCCAAAACCACUGCGUCAACAGAGUCCACCUCAACCUCCAUACCAAAAACUAGGCUGAUAACCACAACUCUGACAACGACUACUCCUUCCACUACGUCUACUCAAUCCAGCACAACUGCCACACCAACUACACCAACAACCGUCACAUUGACAACAACUACCUUGACCACUAGUUCAACGGAGAGCACCACCUCAGAGUCUACCUCCACCCAAACCACUACUUCUACCACCACAAAAACCACAAUGCUGACAUCCUCUACCCCUUCCAUUACCUCUACCAAGUCCAGCACAACCAUCACACCCACGACCGUCACUCUGACAACGGCCCCGAGCAGUACUUCAACGGAGAGCACCACAUCAGAGUCCACCACCCCAAGCACCGUAAAAACAACUACACUGACAACAGUUACUCCAGCUACUACAUCAACUCAGUCCACAACGGGGGCAACACCAACAGUAAUAAAGACUAUAGAAAGCACAUCACCACAAAGAACUAUCCCCAUCAGUACGACGAAAACAACACCAAUAACAUCUGUCUCUACAACGUCCAAAACCACUAUUUCUACAGAGUCCACUCCAACCUCCUCACCAAAAACUAGGCUCAUAACCACAACUCUGACAACGACUACUCCUUCUACUACGUCUACGGUGUCCAGCACAACCGCCAUACCAACUACACCCACAACCGUCACUCUGACGACAACUACCUUGACCACUAGUUCAGCGAAGACCAUCAUAUCAAAGUCCACCUCCCCGCAAACCAUUACCUCUACCACCACAAAAACCACAUCACUGACAACCCCUAUACCUUCCAUCACCUCUACCACAUCCAGCACAACCACCACCCCAACUACACUCACAUCUGUCACGCUCACGACAACGGUCCCAACAGCUAGGUCAACAUCAGAGUCCAUCACCCCAAGCACCAUAAAAGCCACAACACUGACAGGAAUUUCUUCUACUGCUAUUUCAACUAAAUCCACAAUGAGGACAACACCAACACCAACAGUAAUAAAGUCAACUAGAAAAACCACAACUUCCAGUACUUCUAUUAAAUCCACUACAAGCACUUCACAAACAACUACGCCAAUCUCUACCUCAACUGAAUUUUCAACAUUGGAAUCCACCACUCUGCCUAAUGCCACUACCUCAAUCACCAAAAAACCGAUAUCAAAAAUGACUACGUCCACAUCUACGGCUUCGACUCUCACUGUGAUAACAUCCACUACUCCGAAAACCACAACCAUCAAAAUCACAACUUUUUCAACUACCCCAACUAGUUCAUCAACUGAGACAGCCACAAUCAAAUCAACUACAUACAUAACACCAACCACAACAAAAACCACAGCUCUAUUCAAUGAAACAACUACAGCUUCUACUGCAUUUACUACAGGCUUUCACCCCCCUGAACGUUGUAGAGAGAUUGAAUAUGAGGAGCAAGUGACUUACAAAGGAUGUACUACAAAUGUCACCUUGACCCGCUGUGAAGGAAUGUGUCCAUCUUCAGCAAAGCUAAAUAUCGCAAAGAUGAUGGUAGAUGUGGAAUGUGGCUGCUGUAUGCCAGUCACACUACAUAAAAAGGAACUGAAAAUGCCUUGCCCAGACCCAGAUCGCCCUGGAAAGAGGCUCAUUAUGGAAAUCAUCAUAUUUGGUGGCUGCGUAUGUAACUAUGAUGGCUGCACACACUAGCUGGGCCUUUUCAAACAGUAUCAAACCCGAUUUUUUUUUUUAAUGAAAUUACAUGGUAAUAAUUUACAACGUUUCAAACAAUGACUGUUCAUUAUUAUGACCUCUUUUAUGUCUACUUCUGCUGAUUACAUGGGCCAGCUUUGUAGGGAGACACCCAGGGCAGUUAUCUAGAAUGCAGAUAACUAUAGUAUUAGAAUGAUGUGAAUAAUUUAUUUCUAAAUUGGGGGGGAGAAAGGGAGGAUCCAGGAGUGUCUGGCUUGCUCAAGACACUCUUUAACCAAAUGCUGAAGGCUGGCCUGACUGAUUAUGUACUAUAUAAUACUAAUGGGGGGGUUGCUCUUUCAAAUACAAUGUGACGAACUGCUAAUUCUUUACAUCUGUGUUCAAGUGACCAUUGGGUUAGAAUGCACUUUCUACUGUAAACAAUUGCAGUGUUUCUGUAAAUUCAUAAAAUGAUCUGUUAAUCCAUCGAACGCUAGCCAGUGGAUGACAUCUGAAAAGAAUAACUAGGAGAGGAGAGAAGACGUUAGCCAAGGGGCUUGCCAGGAAGUGAGAGAAUGGUAUGAUAUCUGGGAGGGAGGCCAUCACACUUAUUUGUGAGUGGUGAGGGUUUCCUGCGGGUGUUAAAGAUGAAGGGAACAUACCUGCCAACACAUGAAUACUAUAAAGAGAGACAAAUAAGCAGGAAAAAAUACAAACAACCUUUAAAAAUGCCACGGACCCAGACGACGGGGGGAUCUUUUUGGAUGAGCAGCAGCUGAAAAAUAAAUAUUCUGCUAAAAAUAGGGAGAGCUGGCAAACAUAGGGUGCUCUUUAGUGAGGGGAUUGCAGGAAAGUCCAGCGUACUUAUUGGGUCUUGAGGCUGAGUCAGCAGCUGGAUGUUGGAGGGGUUUGCAGGCAAGUUAUACAGCAAGAUGGGAGGCGAGGCUUUCUGCAGAACGGAGAGGUUGGGUUAAAGCGUUUCUCUGGGGAGUGUGAGAGGGUUCAGUAGCUGGGUCUCAGAGCACUUAUAAGGGAUAUUAUGGGAAGUUUUAACAGCUGGAAGAGUAUGAGGAAUCACUUGUCAGGCAGGUGGAGAUUUCUGUAGUUUGCCUGGGAGUUGCAGGACAGUUUGGCAGCCUGGACAAUUGGAGUCAGGUUGAGGCAUUUUUGUAGGAGGGACCUGUUAACAGAAUGUUUGUCCACAGUGGCUCAGUGCCCUUUAUCGAGAAGUGUACUCUCAUUUGCACUUUUAUGGGUUAGAGAUGCAUUUCUUUUUUAAAUGUAUGUUCAAUAAAUUGCAAAUAAAAAGCUAGCACAGCA